AUGCUCAAAAGGAAGCAGAGCUCCAGGGUGGAGGCCCAGCCAGUUGCUGACUUUGGUCCGGAUGAAUCUCUGUCAGACAACGCUGACAUACUCUGGAUUAACAAGCCAUGGGUUCACUCCUUGCUACGCAUCUGUGCCAUCAUCAGCGUUAUCUCUGUCUGUAUGAACACGCCCAUGACAUUCGAACACUACCCCCCUCUUCAGUAUGUGACUUUCACUCUGGAUACUUUGUUGAUGUUUCUCUACACCGCGGAGAUGAUAGCAAAAAUGCACAUCCGGGGUAUUGUCAAGGGGGAUAGUUCCUAUGUGAAAGAUCGCUGGUGUGUUUUUGAUGGAUUUAUGGUCUUCUGCCUUUGGGUUUCAUUGGUAUUGCAGGUAUUUGAAAUUGCUGAUAUAGUUGACCAGAUGUCACCUUGGGGCAUGUUGCGGAUCCCACGGCCGCUAAUUAUGAUUCGGGCAUUCCGGAUUUAUUUCCGAUUUGAACUACCAAGGACCAGAAUUACAAACAUUUUAAAGCGAUCAGGAGAACAAAUAUGGAGCGUUUCGAUUUUCCUACUUUUCUUUCUACUUCUUUAUGGAAUUUUAGGAGUUCAGAUGUUUGGAACAUUUACCUAUCACUGUGUAGUAAAUGACACGAAACCAGGAAAUGUAACCUGGAAUAGCUUAGCUAUCCCAGAUACACAUUGCUCACCAGAGCUGGAGGAAGGCUACCAGUGCCCCCCGGGAUUUAAAUGCAUGGACCUCGAAGACCUGGGACUUAGCAGGCAAGAGCUGGGCUACAGUGGCUUUAAUGAGAUAGGCACCAGCAUAUUCACCGUCUAUGAGGCUGCAUCCCAGGAGGGCUGGGUAUUCCUCAUGUACAGAGCCAUUGACAGCUUCCCCCGCUGGCGGUCCUACUUCUACUUCAUCACGCUCAUAUUCUUCCUGGCCUGGCUUGUGAAGAACGUGUUCAUUGCUGUCAUCAUUGAAACAUUUGCAGAAAUCAGGGUACAGUUUCAGCAGAUGUGGGGAUCGAGAAGCAGCACCACUUCAACAGCCACCACACAGAUGUUCCAUGAAGACGCUGCUGGUGGAUGGCAGCUGGUAGCCGUGGAUGUCAACAAGCCCCAGGGACGCGCCCCAGCCUGCCUCCAGCAAAUGAUGCGGUCAUCAGUUUUCCACAUGUUCAUUCUGAGCAUGGUGACGGUGGAUGUGAUAGUUGCUGCCAGCAACUACCACAAAGGGGAAAGCUUCAGGAGGCAGUACGACGAGUUCUAUCUCGCAGAGGUGGCUUUUACAGUACUUUUUGAUUUGGAAGCACUUCUGAAGAUAUGGUGUUUGGGAUUUACUGGAUAUAUUAGCUCAUCUCUCCACAAAUUUGAGCUACUGCUAGUAAUUGGAACUACUCUUCAUGUAUAUCCAGAUCUUUAUCAUUCUCAGUUCACAUACUUUCAGGUUCUUCGGGUAGUUCGACUUAUUAAGAUUUCACCUGCAUUAGAAGACUUUGUGUACAAGAUAUUUGGUCCUGGAAAAAAGCUUGGGAGUUUGGUCGUAUUUACUGCCAGCCUCUUGAUUGUUAUGUCAGCAAUUAGUCUUCAGAUGUUCUGCUUUGUUGAAGAACUGGACAGGUUUACAACGUUUCCAAGGGCGUUUAUGUCCAUGUUCCAGAUCCUCACCCAGGAAGGAUGGGUAGACGUAAUGGACCAAACCCUAAAUGCUGUGGGACACAUGUGGGCACCUGUGGUAGCCAUCUAUUUCAUUCUCUAUCACCUCUUUGCCACUCUGGUGAGUUUAGCAUUUCUUAAAGCAUACAUACUCCAUAAUCUGCCUUUGGUGGAAGAUGUGAGGAAGUUAGUGCAGUUAAAGCAAAGUGAAGCCAAUGCAGACACCAAAGAGAAGCUCCCUUUGCGACUUCGAAUCUUUGAAAAAUUUCCAAACAGACCGCAAAUGGUGAAAAUCUCAAAGCUUCCUUCAGAUUUUACAGUUCCUAAAAUCAGGGAGAGUUUCAUGAAGCAGUUCAUCGAUCGCCAGCAACAGGACACCUGCUGCCUGUUACGGAGCCUCCCUUCCACCUCUUCCUCGUCCUGUGAUCACUCCAAACGGUCCGCAAUAGAAGACAACAAAUACAUUGACCAAAAACUUCGCAAGUCUGUCUUCAGCAUCAGGGCAAGGAAUCUUCUAGAAAAAGAGACUGCAGUCACUAAAAUCUUAAGCAAGAGGCCAUUACAGAGGAGCUCACCUGUUAAUGUCCGCUGUUGUCUUCACUUUGGAGGACCUCAUUGUCACUCUCCUGGAGGCAGAGCUUGCACUCGACAGCGCAUGCUGAGUGGAUCAUUUGAGGGGCAGCCAGCAAAGGAAAGGUCAAUUCUCAGUGUGCAGCAUCAUAUCCGCCAAGAGCGCAGAUCACUAAGACAUGGAUCCAACAGCCAGAGGAUCAGCAGGGGGAAAUCUCUUGAAACCCUGACUCAAGAUCAUUCCAAUACAGUGAGAUAUAGAAAUGCACAAAGAGAAGACAGUGAAAUAAAGAUGAUCCAGGAAAAAAAGGAACAAGCGGAAAUGAAAAGGAAAGUGCAGGAAGAGGAGCUGAGAGAGAAUCACCCAUACUUCGACAAGCCACUGUUCAUAGUUGGACGGGAGCACAGGUUCAGAAACUUCUGCCGGGUGGUGGUCCGGGCACGCUUCAAUGCAUCUAAAACAGAUCCUGUCACAGGAGCUGUGAAAAAUACAAAGUAUCAUCAACUUUAUGAUUUGCUGGGAUUGGUGACUUACCUGGACUGGGUCAUGAUCAUCGUAACCAUCUGUUCCUGCAUUUCUAUGAUGUUUGAGUCCCCCUUUCGAAGAGUCAUGCAUGCCCCGACUUUGCAGAUUGCUGAGUACGUGUUUGUGAUAUUCAUGAGUAUCGAGCUUAAUCUGAAGAUUAUGGCAGAUGGCUUAUUUUUCACUCCAACUGCUGUCAUCAGGGACUUUGGUGGAGUCAUGGACAUAUUUAUAUAUCUUGUGAGUUUGAUAUUUCUUUGUUGGAUGCCUCAAAAUGUGCCUGCUGAAUCAGGAGCUCAACUUUUAAUGGUUCUUCGGUGCCUGAGACCUCUGCGGAUAUUCAAACUGGUGCCCCAGAUGAGGAAAGUUGUUCGAGAACUUUUCAGCGGCUUCAAGGAAAUUUUCUUGGUCUCCAUUCUUUUGCUGACAUUAAUGCUUGUUUUUGCAAGCUUUGGAGUUCAGCUUUUUGCGGGAAAACUGGCAAAGUGCAAUGAUCCUAACAUUAUUAGAAGGGAGGAUUGUAACGGCAUAUUCAGAAUUAACGUAAGCGUGUCCAAGAACUUAAAUUUAAAAUUAAGACCUGGAGAGAAAAAGCCUGGAUUUUGGGUGCCCCGUGUUUGGGCAAAUCCUCGGAAUUUUAAUUUUGACAAUGUGGGAAAUGCCAUGCUGGCAUUGUUUGAAGUUCUGUCCCUGAAAGGCUGGGUGGAAGUGAGGGAUGUUAUUAUUCAUCGUGUGGGGCCGAUGCACGGGAUCUACAUUCAUGUGUUUGUAUUCCUGGGUUGCAUGAUUGGACUGACCCUUUUUGUUGGAGUAGUUAUUGCUAAUUUCAAUGAAAACAAGGGGACAGCUCUGCUGACUGUAGAUCAGAGAAGAUGGGAAGAUCUGAAGAGCCGACUGAAGAUAGCACAGCCUCUUCAUCUCCCACCUCGCCCGGAUAAUGAUGGUUUUAGAGCUAAGAUGUAUGACAUUACCCAGCAUCCGUUCUUUAAGAGGACAAUUGCAUUGCUUGUCCUGGCCCAGUCAGUGCUGCUGUCCGUCAAGUGGGAUGUGGAGGACCCAGUGACCGUUCCUUUGGCAACAAUGUCAGUUGUUUUCACCUUCAUCUUUGUUCUAGAGGUUACAAUGAAGAUCAUAGCAAUGUCGCCUGCCGGCUUCUGGCAAAGCAGAAGAAACCGAUAUGAUCUGCUGGUGACAUCGCUUGGCGUGGUCUGGGUGGUACUUCACUUUGCCCUCCUGAACGCGUAUACCUACAUGAUGGGCGCCUGCGUGAUUGUCUUCCGGUUUUUCUCUAUCUGUGGAAAGCAUGUAACACUAAAGAUGCUUCUCCUGACGGUGGUCGUCAGCAUGUACAAAAGCUUCUUUAUCAUAGUGGGAAUGUUUCUACUGCUAUUGUGUUAUGCUUUUGCUGGAGUUGUUUUAUUUGGUACUGUGAAGUAUGGAGAGAACAUUAACAGGCAUGCAAACUUUUCCUCAGCUGGCAAAGCCAUCACCGUACUGUUCCGAAUCGUCACAGGCGAAGACUGGAAUAAGAUUAUGCAUGACUGUAUGGUCCAGCCUCCCUUUUGUACUCCAGAUGAAUUCACAUACUGGGCAACAGACUGCGGAAAUUACGCUGGGGCACUUAUGUAUUUCUGUUCAUUUUAUGUCAUCAUUGCCUACAUCAUGCUAAAUCUGCUUGUAGCCAUCAUUGUGGAGAACUUCUCCUUGUUUUAUUCCACGGAGGAGGACCAGCUUCUAAGUUACAACGAUCUUCGCCACUUUCAAAUCAUAUGGAAUAUGGUGGAUGAUAAACGAGAGGGGGUGAUUCCGACUUUCCGUGUGAAGUUCCUGCUGAGGCUCCUGCGGGGGAGGCUGGAGGUGGAUCUCGACAAAGACAAACUUCUGUUUAAGCACAUGUGCUAUGAAAUGGAGAGACUGCAUAAUGGCGGGGACGUCACUUUCCAUGAUGUCCUAAGCAUGCUGUCCUACAGGUCGGUUGACAUCCGGAAGAGCUUGCAGCUGGAGGAGCUGCUGGCCAGGGAGCAGCUGGAGUACACCAUCGAGGAGGAGGUGGCCAAGCAGACCAUCCGCAUGUGGCUGAAAAAGUGUUUAAAGCGCAUCAGAGCUAAACAGCAGCAGUCAUGCAGCAUCAUCCACAGUCUGAGGGAGAGCCAACAGCAGGAGCUGAGCCGGUUCCUCAAUCCCCCCAGUAUCGAGACCACCCAGCCCAGUGAGGACAUGAAUGCUAACAGUCAGGAUAAUAAUAUGCAACCUGAGACCAGCAGCCAGCAGCAGCUUCUGAGCCCCACGCUGUCGGACAGAGGGGGCAGUCGGCAGGACUCCACAGACCCCGGAAAACCCCAAAGGAAGUUCGGGCAGUGGCGGCUGCCCUCAGCACCAAAACCAAUAAGCCACUCAGUGUCUUCGGUCAACUUACGAUUUGCAGGGCGCACAACAAUGAAAUCCGUAGUGUGCAAAAUGAACCCCAUGACCGACACGGCGUCGUGUGGCUCCGAGGUGAAGAAGUGGUGGACCCGGCAGCUGACAGUGGAGAGCGAUGAAAGCAGCGAUGACCUUCUGGACGUUUAG